GUGGACGUUCCGUUCCGUUUGGCCUGCUUCCGGGAGCGGUGGAGUGGGCUGUGCAGCGCGGAAAACUUCUGCCAUGUCCCCCAAUUGUGAGGUGUUGAAUCAAGAUAAACUGCGUAAAAAGCUAUACCAGACGUUUAAGGAUCUGGGUAUACUGGACACGCUUAAGACACAACUCCGGAACCAGCUAAUUCAUGGAUUGAGGCAUCCCAUAUUGAAUGGACAAGUGAAGCCCCAGUCCACUGCAGUGGAAGGAAGUGCCCUCCUAAUAGGUGCUUCUGACUCCCUAGUGGCAGAUCACUUACAAAGAUGUGGCUAUGAAUAUUCACUUUCUGUUUUCUUUCUGGAAAGUGGUUUGGCAAGAGAAAAGGUAUUUACCAUGCUCUGCCUGAAGUAUGUGGCCAAACACAGUUCUCUGAGAUGCCUUCUGAUUCUGAAAAUGAGUUCACAAAUGUGGCUGAGUUUUCAACAUGUGAUGGAUAAUCUCAAUAGUCAACUUGAUGGGGUGUAG